CGCCGCCGCCGCCCCUCCGCCCUACCGCCGCCGGCCCCGCCGCCCCGCCGCGCCGGAUGCAGAGUGUCACUGGGGAAGGUGAUCUCCUGGCGGGCUAGAAAUGAAGAAAUGUUGUCCAGUGGCAGACGGUAAUGGCUGUGAUGGUCUUUCAGACUAACAGGGAUGCCAAAGGAAAAAUAUGAUCCUCCAGAUCCUCGCAGAAUUUACACCAUCAUGUCAGCAGAAGAGGUAGCCAACGGGAAGAAGUCGCACUGGGCCGAAUUAGAGAUCUCGGGUAGAGUGCGGAGCUUAAGUACGUCACUUUGGUCGCUGACGCACUUGACUGCUCUGCACCUCAAUGACAAUAAUCUUACUCGCAUUCCACCUGAUAUUGCCAAGCUUCAUAAUCUGGUUUACCUGGAUCUGUCAUCCAACAAACUCAGAAGUUUACCAGCAGAACUAGGAAACAUGGUAUCUCUCAGGGAAUUGCUUUUAAAUAACAAUCUGUUACGGGUUUUGCCUUAUGAACUUGGACGGCUCUUCCAGCUACAAACCCUAGGUUUGAAAGGCAAUCCUUUAUCACAAGAUAUUCUCAGCCUCUACCAGGAUCCAGACGGAACUCGAAAGCUACUGAACUACAUGCUUGACAAUCUAGCAGUUCAUCCAGAGCAGCUGCCUCCAAGGCCAUGGAUUACUUUAAAAGAACGAGACCAAAUUCUGCCCUCAGCUUCAUUCACAGUUAUGUGUUACAACGUGUUGUGUGAUAAAUAUGCCACCCGGCAGCUCUAUGGCUACUGCCCAUCUUGGGCACUCAAUUGGGAGUAUAGAAAAAAGGGAAUCAUGGAAGAAAUUGUCAACUGUGAUGCAGAUAUCAUUAGUCUUCAGGAAGUGGAAACAGAGCAAUACUUCACCCUUUUUCUGCCAGCCUUGAAAGAACGAGGAUACGAUGGAUUCUUUUCUCCCAAGUCACGUGCCAAAAUCAUGUCUGAGCAGGAGAAAAAGCAUGUGGAUGGCUGUGCAAUAUUCUUCAAAACUGAAAAAUUUACGCUGGUGCAGAAGCAUACAGUGGAGUUCAACCAGGUGGCAAUGGCUAACUCUGAAGGUUCAGAAGCUAUGUUAAACAGAGUGAUGACGAAGGACAACAUCGGAGUUGCCGUGGUGUUAGAGGUGCACAAAGAAUUAUUUGGAGCAAGUAUGAAAUCGCUUCAUGUGGACAAACAGCUGCUUAUUGUGGCCAAUGCCCACAUGCACUGGGACCCCGAAUACUCAGAUGUAAAACUCAUUCAGACUAUGAUGUUUGUCUCGGAACUGAAAAAUAUCCUCGAGAAAGCCUCAAGCAGGCCCGGUAGCCCAACAGCAGAUCCUAACUCUAUCCCUCUGGUGCUGUGUGCGGAUCUCAACUCAUUGCCUGAUUCAGGUGUAGUGGAAUACUUAAGCAAUGGCAUAGUAGCUGACAACCACAAGGACUUCAAGGAGUUGCGUUAUAACGAGUGUCUCAUGAACUUCAGUGGCAAUGGAAAAAACGGGGCUUCUGAAGGAAGAAUUACGCAUGGCUUCCAACUCAAGAGCGCCUAUGAAAACAACUUGAUGCCUUACACCAAUUAUACUUUUGAUUUCAAAGGUGUGAUUGACUACAUUUUCUAUUCCAACACUCACAUGAACGUGCUUGGUGUCCUGGGGCCUUUGGACCCUCAGUGGCUGGUUGACAACAACAUCACUGGGUGUCCACACCCUCACAUCCCUUCCGACCACUUCUCACUGUUAACACAACUAGAACUCCAUCCUCCGCUCCUGCCUCUUGUCAACGGUGUGCACUUGCCUAACAGGAGGUAGUGGAGCCCUGCCCCUUUGAGGGCAAGGACCUGUUGUUAUGGACCUGUACAGUUGUAAAUCAAAGUAUAUAGGAGUGAAGUAUGGCCAACCUUAAGCUGCUUCUUCAAGCUCCUUUCCUUAUGUGUUUGAUAUGAGAUUUUGCACAUUUUGGUGCAUAUUGGUAUCAUUUGGCACUAGGGCUGGAACCAAAGUAUUAUUCCCUUUCCAGGUUUUUAAUUUAAAUGUUUUUUUUUUUCUUUUUUAAACUGGCAAGCUUUUUCUUUUCAGUAGGAAGCUGCACUUACAAAUGGACAAAUGAGAUUAAAAACUUGCAGAUUAACAUAUUUCAAGGUAAUGCUUUUUUCCAGAACGUGGCAAAAUGAGCCAACCUUUUAGGAGAAAGAAAAGCAAAAUUAGAAAUGCUUGUUUUGUAGGAAGAAUAUUAGAAAUACUGUUUGUUUGAACCCAAAACGGAGACUGAACUCUGCAUCCGAAAUAAAUUUUGCACAUCAGCGAAGCACUUAAUACCUGACUAUAAACUAUUAGCAGUGUGACCCUGCCCCUCGUCUAACUAAUAUUAGAAAACCAAAGAUGGCUUAAUAUCUGUGAUAAAAUUUGAGAUCUAAAUUCUCCUGAUGUAAUUUCAUUUACAACAAAAUUUCCAGGGAAGCCACGUCUCACAAGACUUUGCGGGUGAGCGUUUAAUGCCGUGUAUAGAUCGUUUGCUCGGCAGACGCCGUGGUGACUAUUUUUUCGGAGCUCUGAAGAGCUCGGUCCUUUCUGGGCGAGAAACGCAGGGAUCCAAAGGACCUCUGCGAAACAGAGCUGCCUCUCUGCUGCGGCAAGCCAGGGCGACACGCUGUUCAGCAGCACAGUUUGGGAGCAGGACUUAGAAAUGGGGAGGAAUUGCGCUUGAAGCGAGCCGUUGCCAGCGUUUGGGUUCCGGUUGAAUGAAAAAGUUGCAAAUCCGUCCUGGGUUCCCUUUUCCGAAGUUCGGUUGCAAAGAUGGGAAACUUGGGAUUAACUGCUUAAGCGUAGGGUACAGGAAAAAGCCGCUGGAAAUGACCUUCCUUCUGUCUCCGAAGGGCACGCGGAGUAGCUGUCGGCAUGCUUUUUUUAUUGGGGGAGCGAGCGGUAGCCGUAGUCAUUCCUUGGAUUAUUUUUCCUGACCCUAGUUGCCAAAUAGCCAUCACACUUUUUUAAUAAUCUUUCUUUUCUGUUGUCGGUCAGGGUUGAAUUAAAAAGCUGCUGGUUCAUUCCCAACUGUUAAUGCUCUUUGGAUGUGUUGGAAAUGCUUUUUUUUUUUUUUUUUUUCCUUUUUAUGCUCUAGGUGGCCAGUUCAAAAACUUGUGCCUCAAGAGGCAUUAAACAUAAUGCAAUUUUCUGAAAAAUUGGUUGGCUGCUUAAUGUUUAAAAAAAAAAAAGGCACAGUGACAGGAAAAGGUUGUGUCUGUGUUUUUAAGUUUUUCUUUAUUCUGCUUUUUUGCUGCUAUAAGAUUUUCUUGAAUUUAUAUUUUAAACUUUUCAUGCACUUUACUGUUUCUAGUCUCAAAAUGUGAUAUUUUUAAUAAACGAAAAAAUUUUCCAUUAUGUGAAUGAAAUUUUUAAACAGAUUGAUAGCCUAUAUUUAUGUCUCAUUCGUAUACUUAAACAAGUCAAAUUUAAAUUGUGAAAUUAGUUUUAAAUACUAAGGAGCCAUCUUUUGUCUUGCAAAACUGCUGAGUCAGGCUGUUCCUCUUUAAUUAAACAUUUCCUUUGUCGUUUUAUACAUAGGAAAUUAUC